AUGCAUCAUUCUCGUCAUCCAAUUGACAUUUCACUUGUUGUCGAUGACGACAACGAUGAAGAGAUGUCUAAUCAUCACUACGUUCCGUCGACUACAGGCGAUUAUUCAUCUUUAAUUGUUGACUCACCACCCGACACAAUGUGUCAUCGACAGGUUUAUUCAGAUCGAUCGCCGUCGCCCACAUCUUCAAAUCUUCAAGCUCCUCAAGCAACAACCUCCCUUCGUCCCAGUCAUAGACGCUUUUCCCAAAGUACCUCACUUCUCGAUGCAGCUGGCACCGGUAACAGUGCACACCGUGAUCGUGUCCGUUUCAAUACGUGGCCACGUCAUCGAAAAGAGAAACGUGAUAUACUUGCUGAAUAUGAUAAACGUUUAGCAAAAUCAAUUAUACAAGAACUUGGUAUUGGCAUCAACAAGACUUAUCGUAAUCCAUGGGGUAAUCUCUCUUAUGCUCAAUUGAUUACACGUGCUAUCGAUAGUAGUCCAUGGAAACGGUUAACAUUAAAUGAAGUCUAUGAAUGGAUUGUUAAAUUUGUACCAUAUUUCAAAGAUAAAAUCGAUGCGAAAACAAGNCUUGCUGAAUAUGAUAAACGUUUAGCAAAAUCAAUUAUACAAGAACUUGGUAUUGGCAUCAACAAGACUUAUCGUAAUCCAUGGGGUAAUCUCUCUUAUGCUCAAUUGAUUACACGUGCUAUCGAUAGUAGUCCAUGGAAACGGUUAACAUUAAAUGAAGUCUAUGAAUGGAUUGUUAAAUUUGUACCAUAUUUCAAAGAUAAAAUCGAUGCGAAAACAAGCUGGGGAUGGAAGAAUUCAAUUCGCCAUAAUUUAUCUUUGCACAAUCAAUUUAUACGUGUACCUGUUAUAUCAUCCUUAUCAAAAGGUCCAGUUAAAUACGUUUGGACAAUAAACCCAUCGUUCAAGAAUAAUUCUCCCUACAAGAAAUAUAGUUUAAAACGAAAACGGGCAGCGGCGGCUGCUGCAGCAGCUGCAGCUGCGGCUGUUUCAAAUCUAAAUCCUCCAUCAAGCACGUCAACAAAUUCUGAACAGAUUAUUGAAUCAAAGUCAUCGACACUGUCCAAUAAUUAUCAUCGUCAUUCAACAAAUUCAGCACCGAAAGCAACGCGUGUCAAUGAACACGCACAUGGCAAUGGAUCGUCGUCAACACUCAAUCAGUUAUCUGUUGCUGCUGCAAUGAUGUCAGCGGGUGUGACAGAUCCAGCCGCCUAUCGAGCAUUUUUGAGCUCUCAAGCAGCAACAGCGGCCAUGAUCAAUAAGCACAAACAACAAACAAUACCAUCACAAUCAAGUACGCAACAGACAACGCCUGUUUCACAUCGGCAUUCCUCUUUAACAUAUGCAAAUGAGCCGGGCCUUCCAAUUCCGAAAAAAGUUGCGCUCACCGCUGACAGAUAUAAACCACAGCAACAGCAACAGCAACAACAACAACAACAACAACAGCAGCAUGCCGAAUGGCUUCUAUCGUCGUAUCGACAGCAGUCACAAUCAUACAAUGGCAAUCGACAUCAUCAUCAUUCAUCCAAUUCAAAUAAAAUGAUGAUUAAUCAACAACAACGCAAUGCAUAUUUACCACCUGCACCUCCACCAAUGAAUACACGUACUAAUUCCGAGUUGAAUAAUCUUUCACCAUCCUUGCAGAGACGUGGUAGUUCACCACCGUCGUAUUCGACAGCAGCAGCUGCUGCAGCUGCAGCGCAAAAUAAAUUAUUAGCUCAAACAAAAUUCUGGCAUGCAGCAGUGCAAGCGGCAGCUCAGGCACAACAACAACAACAGCAACAACAACAACAACAACAAUAUCAUCAUCAACAACAAAAUCCCACAAAUGCAAUUAAUGAACUUCAGAACUACAUCAACCGAUCGAAUUCGAAUAAUGGUCAUCACAAUAAAUUACCGCCGUAUCUUAAUCCCGAAACACUUAAGCUUUUAUCAGUGAAUAACUCUCAUGACGAACAACACCAUUUUGCCAAUGAUCCUCGUUAUAAAGUGCCUCGUGCCUCAUAUCCAAACGGCUCGGUACCAUCAGCAUAUCUUGUAAGACAGAGAAUCAAUCAAAAUAAUGGCCCAUCAACACUUACUGCACAACAACAACAACAGCAACAACAACAACAACAACAGAUUGAUUUACUUACAGCAGCUUAUCAUAAUUACCGACGACGUUCGAGCGGAUUUUCGUCGACAACAAGUCAUGGUGGCCCAAGUGAUGACGAACAUGAUGAAUAUAUGCCACCAAGAAAAGAUUCAUCAACAUCGAAUGCUUCAAGUGGCUAUGAAUCGGGCCUGGCGACUAAUCGCCAAACAUCUCCGAUAGCAUCAUCGAUUCGAACAGGUUCAGGUUCAUCAAUUACGUCUGAAACGUCGUCAUCAUCCUAUCAUUACAAUUCGAAACACGGUACGAAUCAUCUAGUACAACGCUUAACAAAAAUAACUGCUAACGAUAACGAUAUUGAAAUGGACGAGCGGCAAACACUAGCAUUGAAUUCAGUCGGUGGCUAUGUUGAUGAUCUUAUGGAACGUAUACGUAAGAUGCCACCGAAAAAGCGUUCAAAGUUCUAUCAAAUGCUCGAUGAAGAACGCUUGAAAGAUCUCAAUAAUAAUAAUCAAGGUGAACAUUCGAAACCAUCACGAAAUAUUUGUAUUGAUGAUGACAAUGACGAUGAUGCUGAACCGAUGUCAAUGAACGUUUCGAUACCACUGCCCGUAAAUGAUAUUCACAGCGAUGAAGAUGAAGAUCGAACAAUAAUUGAAAUAUCACCCAAUGCACAAACAACAAACGAUGAUGCAGAAGAUAAAACAAAACAACCAUUUUUUGGAUUAAAUGAAAAAAGUUAUGAAGAACUUCUUUCAUUAGGUGUGCCACUAACAGUUCUAAAGGCAAUCGCUCUUCAGCAUCAACAACAACAAUCCCACAAUAAUAAUGCGUCGAUAACCAAUUUCUUGAACACCAAAUGCACUGGUUCGUCGACAAAUUCUUCGACAGAUAACAAACGUUUAUUGAAUGCUCGAACUAUUCUUCGACGACUUUUACAGCAACAACAACAGCGGCAUUCAACCAAUGAUAAAUCUUUACCUGAACCAAUGGAUUACACAAGUGAUGACGAAGGCGGCAUCAUCGAAGAUGACGAUGAUCACGAAGGGCCACAAUCAUCAUCGACGACACCACGACAUCGAAAUGGUGUUCGAUCCAAUAGUCACAAUCCAGUUACUGUUAUGCUUAAUCGAAAUGAAAUUUCGUCUUUAUCACCACCAACAUCUACAUCGUCAUCUCCUGAUGAGACUGAUGUCAAUCAUCAAUCCAGUCCCAACUCUAUCAGUCGUCCAUCAAGUACACCUGCUGCUCUUGUUUCAUCUGCUUGUUCAUUCUAG